AUGAAAGAGAGUAUCGAUAAGAUUGCAUCUGAACAACAACAGCUGUCCAAUGAAGAUGACAAUGAUGAUGAUCAAAACAAGAUUGAUCAAGAUAUGGAUGAUGUCGAGCGAGACUUAUCAACAGCAUUCGAGAAUGAAAGGAACAUUGAACUUACACCAUGGAUAUGUGAUGCAUUCGCCAACGGUCAUUCUCCAUUAGGUGCACUCAUACAGAUAAUAGGAUCACCAAGACAAGACCAGGCACAGAGCAAGAGUAGGAGCACCAGUGCUCCUCCAGGCAUUCGAUUCAGGAUAUCUGAUGGACAUUGCUUUGUGGAUGGAGUGUUCAAUGAGUCAGUGGUACAAGGCAUGUUCAAGCGUAUCAAGAGCUAUAUACCAGUUCAUUUGGUUGGCUGUAUAUUACGUCUACAACAUUACAUGUUGUUUCCAAAUGUACUGCAUCAAGGCAUUGAUAUAUACAUUGAACGAGCGACAAUCAUACGCAAGUUGCCAAUGGUGUUGAACUUCAAUGGACUGCUUCCAGUUGGCAAUGAUAAACGAGUGGAGAUGAUAUUAAGGAGGACACAUCCAAAGAACUAUUACAUGGAGAAUCCAGUGUUGUCCAAUCAAUCAACUGAACUCUACAGGGAGAGUUAUGUUAGGGAGGUCGAGGAGGAUGAGGUAGGCAUGCAGGAGUGUAUGAUACCAGAGGAAACAAUGAGAGUAUUUACCGAAGAUGAUCAAUGGCAAGAGGAAGCCUAUUCAUCAAGGAGUACAUAUGUGGCACCAUCACCAUCAUCAGCGCAAAAGAAGCCCCAGGCCCAACAAGGUGAUGCCAGUGCAAAUACAAAGAGUGAUGUGGAUGAGAAGUCAAAGAAGAUCGAUCCAAUGAUAUUGGAUGGUAGAGUCAAGAAUGAUAGCGUGAGUCAACAACAAAAGUCGAGUCUGGAUGUUGUCACCAAUGGAGGUCGGGCUCAGCCAAAGCAAGAGUCAUUGGAGCCAAAGCCUGCCGCUGCUGCACAGGUGACACAAGUAAUGCCACAAGCACAGACACAAUCACAGACAAAGCCACAACCACCACAAGAUAAGUCGCCUAUAGACACAACAGCCAAGACACUGCUCCAAUCAGACAAAACAAAGCCAAAUACACAGAAGCAACAAGUACAAACACAGGCAGAGACAACCAAGAAAGUACCACUGAUCAAGCCACAAGUACAACAACAGGUACCAUCACCAACCAAACCCACAACCAAAACAAAUACACAACAGCAACCAAUCACCAAAGCGGACCAACUACCGCAACCCCAACCACAAACAAAGUCUAAGACAGUGACGAAGCCAACGCCAAAGCCACAGGCCAAGCCACAGGCUCAGCCACAACCACCAUCGCCAACGACAACAACGACGACAACGACAACGACAGCACCAGCACCAGCACCAACGACAUCACCAGCACAAACAACAGGAACAACUGGAAAAACAACAACAAAGACCAAGGAACCAGUUGCCAAAGCCACAGUCGUCGAUUUAGAUGACGAUUUUAUCGAUGUGGAUGACGAGACAGCCCAGCCAAUAGUUGGAUUGGGGAAGAAAAGGAAAGGUGUUUCAGCCCAAGGUCAAUCGGACAACUCCAACUUGAAGAAGAGGAAGAAGAAGAAGAACAACAACAAGAACAAGAAGACCAAAAGCAAGACCCAGAAUCAAGUAAAGAAUACACAGCCGCCAGCUGCAUCUGAGCAGUCUGGCCAGCCCUACAAACGUUUGUAG